AUGGAGCACCUCUCCAAUGAGGAUAGGCUGAAGGAUGGGGCUCUUCAGCCUGGAGAAAAGAAGGCUGUGAGGUGUCCUGAUAGCAGCAUUUCAGUAUCUAAAGGGGAGAUGACACGUGAGCAGUAUAUUUUAGCAACACAACAGAACAGCCUUUCAAGGACUGAAAAUCCUCAAUUUUACCCAGUAGGGAUUUAUGGAUGGCGAAAGAGGUGCUUAUACUUCUUUGUACUUCUGCUGUUGGUUACCAUGAUUGUUAACUUAGCAAUGACAAUAUGGAUUUUGAAGGUCAUGAAUUUCACAGUGGAUGGAAUGGGAAAUUUGAGAGUCACUAAAAAAGGAAUACGACUUGAAGGAAUAUCUGAAUUUCUACUUCCGCUAUAUGUGAAAGAAAUCAAUUCCCGAAAGGAUAGCCCACUGGUCUUACAGUCUGACAGAAAUGUAACAGUGAAUGCGAGAAAUCACAUGGGACAGUUAACUGGACAACUGACAGUAGGCACGGAAGGGGCAGUGUUUGGACAUUCUGUGGAGACACCCCAUAUCAGAGCAGAACCUUCCCAAGACCUCAAACUUGAAUCUCCAACUAGAUCUUUGGUGAUGGAAGCACCCAGGGGAGUGCAAAUCAAUGCAGCUGCAGGAGAUUUAAAGGCUACAUGUAGAAAAGAACUGCACUUACAGUCUACAGAAGGGGAGAUAUUUUUAAAUGCAGAUACAAUCCGCCUUGGAAAUCUACCAGUGGGCUCCUUCCCCUCCUCUUCACCGAGCUCUUCAGCUCCUCGCCAGACUAUCUAUGAGAUCUGCAUCUGUCCCAAUGGUAAACUUUACCUGUCCCCAGCAGGAGCAGGCUCCACAUGUCAAUCCAGUAGCAACAUCUGCUUGUGGAGCUAGAAGGACUCCAAUUUAUCCUCACACCAGAAUAGCCUUUUGUUACUAUCCCUCUGCUUCACAGUUCUGCUCGGUUUCCCUUGUGACAAGUUCAACGCUUCAAAUGGCCUGCAGAGCAACUUCUUCCAGUGUAAGCAGGAAUACAGCGCUGCCUUCUCUCGUGGUUUGUGUUACCACUCAACGUAGAGAUGGGAGUGAGAUAUUCAGAAAUCAAUGUAUUCUUCAUCAGGAAACCUGGAACAUAAUAUCACCUUUUGUCCAAAAGGGAGAAUAACACAGGUGCCUUUGCUACAUGAAGUGAAGCACAUAGUUUUAGAUUUUUGCAGGACCUGGAUAUGAACUGCACAUAUAUAUACAGUACAUAAACAAAUUUGCCCAGAAUCUGAUGGUGAGAUGAAUUGGUUAUCCCUGUAUGAUAAUUAACUCUAUUGUCUGAAAGCACAAUUUUCCAUUCAUCUUUUUUGGAUGUAACUUUUAUCCCUGAAUUUUAAAAUUUUGAAGCAUUGUGUGAUGCUUGCUUUACUAAACAAUUAAAUUCAGUAAAUGGUUUUUAACACAAAAAGAGACAGAAUC